CCGAUGUAAGCGGACUGGUCACAUUGCCCGUGUUUGCAAGAGAAGUAACAUGCAAAAUAACUUUGUCGAACAGAAACUGAGUUCAGAUGAUGUGUUUCUUGAGGAAGAAUUAUUUACGGUUUUUGAUGUUAACUCCCUAUACAAAUCAGAAAUUUCCGUACCCUUGAAAAUUGAGAAUCAAGAGCGUUCCUUACAAUUAGAUACUGGUUGUGCAUUGUCCUUGGCCCCCCAAACCUUCUAUGAGCAAUUUUGUUCCCAUAUCCCUUUAAAACCUACCGCAGUGAGAUUAUCUUCCUAUACCGGUGAAAAGAUUCAACCUUUGGGACAAAUCAAUGUUAAUGUUACUUAUGCUGGAACUCAGCACUCUCUUCCAUUACUGGUAGUACCACAGGGCUCUGGUGUCUUAUUUGGAAGAAACUGGCUAAGGUGUAUAAAGCUAGAUUGGAACAAUUUGCCUGGAAUUGAGUUACCGUCAUUUACUACCACAGCUAUAUGCUCCAAGAUUUCUGAAAAUAAGAAUACAUUGGACUCACUCCUAUCAAAAUAUGAUGAACCGUUUCAACCUCAAAUUGGGUGUUACACUGGUGAUGCUGUAGUUCUCAAUGAAAGUAAGGGAGCUAAAUUCCAUAAAGCACGUCCAGUUCCGUAUGCAAUACAGACAAGAGUUGAAAGUGCUCUACUAAAAAUGGAAAAAGAUGGUGUCAUUGAGAGGGUUUCUUCUGCUGUUAGUGCUGCCCCUAUUGUUACGGUGGGCAAAAAGGACGGUGAUGAAGUUCGAGUUUGUGGUGUUAUUUAUAAUGCAUGUGCUGAAGUUGAGACUUAUCCAAUGCCUAAAAUAGAAGAUAUGCAUUCUGCAUUGAGGGCCUGUCAAGUAUUCAGUGUAUUAGACCUGAAGCAAGCUUAUCAUCAAAUUCCCAUUUCAACUGAGUCUCAGAAGUAUCUUACCAUCAACACCCAUCUGGGUCUCUUUGCUUUUAAAAGAUUGCCUAACGGGAUUCAUUCAGGUCCUGCUAUAUUUCAGAGAAUUAUGGAUGGAUUAUUAGCAGAUAUUCCGAAAGCUGUUAGCAGAUUGGAUGACAUUCUUAUUGCUGGAACUGAUUAUGAAGAUCAUCUGAAUACUUUUUCCCAAGUGCUAGAAAGAUUGCUGAAGUUUGGUUUCAAGUUAAACAAAUCUAAGUGCAAAUUUCUCCAGUCUUCUGUGGUGUAUCUAGGUCAUCUAAUCGAUAGUGCUGGCCUCCAUCCAACUGAAGACAAACUGGCAGCUGUGUGUGAUGCCCCCCCCCCCUCCAAAGGAUGCUACGGCUCUUAAGUCUUUCCUAGGACUUAUGAUGUUUUACUCACGAUUUAUGCCACACCAUUCCACUGUAUUAGCACCGCUGAAUAAUCUGCUUAAGAAGAAUAUAUCUUGGAAGUGGACUAAAUCAGAAGACGCAGCUUUCAAAGCAGCUAAAAAUCUUUUACUAAAUUCGAGAACACUAGUACAUUAUAAUGAAUCAUUGCCUCUUGUUCUAUCAUGUGAUGCUUCUUCAUAUGGUACAGGAGCGGUAUUGUGACAUGUCAUUAAUGGGAAACACCAACCGAUAGCAUUUGCAUCAUGUACAUUAACUGAGGCCCAACGAAAUUAUUCACAGCUUGAGAAGGAAGCUUUCAGUAUAAUAUUUGGACUUAAACGAUUUCAUCAAUAUCUCUAUGGUAAUUCAUUUACAAUCCUAACUGAUCAUCGCCCACUCCUUACAUUGUUGGGACCACAUUGUUCUGUUCCAGCCCACACGGCUUCACGACUACAAAGAUGGGCACUUAUCCUAGCCUCAUACCAUUACAAGAUUGAGUACCGAAGUACAACUGCACAUGCUCACGUUGACAGCAUGUCCCGUCUACCUUUACCACAAACUUGGUGCCCUAAAAGUGAAAUUUGAAGCUGGUGUUGUUACUAAUGUAACUGCUGAAAUGAUUAAGAAAAAGACACAAGUGGAUCCUGUUCUUUCUUUAGUAUAUAGAUACAUACAAAGUGGUUGGCCCUCUGUAGUUGAUGCUGAUAUGAUUCCGUACAAAAACAGAAGUGAUCAACUAACGAUUCAUCAAGGAUGCAUCCUUUGGGGAGCUCGGGUUGUUGUUCCUCCAUCUCUUCGAAGUGAAAUGCUAACCGAAUUACAUGACACCCAUCCGGGCAUGACAAGAAUGAAAGGGCUUGCGAGGUCUUAUGUCUGGUGGCCAAAGAUUGAUUCUGGCAUUGAACAGACUGUGUCCACUUGCCCUGUUUGCCAGAAAAUGUGAUCAGAGCCAGCAAAAGCGCCAGUACAUCCCUGGACUUUUCCAUCACAGCCUUGGUCUCGCAUUCAUAUCGACUUUGCUGGGCCUAUUGCUGGGAAAAUGUAUCUGGUGGUAGUUGACGCUUACAGUAAGUUUCCGGAAGUUGUUAAAAUGACUAUCAUAUCCUCUCUAAUACAGCUCUCUAAUACAGACACCUCUCGAAUACAGACACUUCUCUAAUACAGACACUUCUCUAAUACAGACACCUCUCUAAUACAGGCACCUCUCCUUGAUUAUGAUUACAGAGUCUUGGCUGAAUACAAAUAUACCCGACUCUGCUAUAAGCAUUGGAAGAAUGUUCAAUACCUAUCGGCGCGACCGACUUACACCAGGAGGGGGUGUAUUAGCUACAUGUCUAAAAAAUUUAGAAGAAGAUAACAGAGAGGUCCUAUGGCUGCUUCUCAGAGGAGGAGUGAGGACUAUACCGGCAUGCAACGCGGUCAGGCGCGGUUUUUUACAUAUUAUCGAUUUCUCGCUCUGCGCCGUCAUUGUUCGGUCGGCUUUCGCUGUGUUUACACCUCGAGGUUUCAAGAGAUUCAGAAAAGAUUUAUAGAAAAAAAAUUGUAAAAUGGUGAAUUUUUGCACUAUGCAUGGAAAGAAAGCUUCGUUUUUGGGUGGACACGAGCUUCUGUGUGUUCUGAGGUGUGUUCACUGUGUGUCAAAACAGCCUUUAAUCUUAAUUUCGGAAGGAUUACCGUGUGAUGAACUUGUAUGUCGUGAGGUUCAUGUUUAUAGUUCUAUGGAUAGUUCGAUGAAUAGUCCUUUGUCCAGCUGUGGUUAACGGGAUAAAAAUUGAUGAAUUUGUUCGCUGAUUGCGGUAGUCCUGCACUGGUACAAAUUCAUUCUAGUUGUGCUUUUAAGGUGAGAUGAUUUUUAAAAAAUAAAUUCAUCCUAAAAAUAGAAAAAUCCUCCUAUGUUGUAUUAAAAAUACAGCAGUAUUAUUAAAAACGUAUUUUUAUUUCAUAUCAUGUAGUUCUUCGACCCUAAUGAUCCACAGGAAGGAGGUAUAAACGAAGAAUAUAACAAUAUAAUGUUGUUGGGAGUUUGACAUUUCAACAUCACCAACAUCCCAAAUAGUCAAGAUGAUGAGUUGGGAUAGUGUACUUCCACCAAUAGAAUUACAUCAGCCAACUGAUUGUAGCUGUUUUAAUUUACCAAUAAAUCCUGUUUGCCCUGACACACAUUCAUGCACACCAAAUGAUGGAAGAAGCACCCAGUGAUAGCAUUGUAGAGAAUGAAAUGGAGGCGAUUCAGCACUAUCAUGACACUAUAUAUAAAUGUAUUGACUACUGUGUGAUGCAUUGCAAGGAUUUAUACUGAUCAACCAGUUAUCUAUGCUUAAAUGAUCAACCAGUUGUCUAUUAUUUCACUCUGCCUAACGCCAGAUCAUUUUACUGUCUAACACUAGACUAUUUACUCAUCAGGGGGAGAGUACUGACACUCCAAUACUCAAUGGGUUAAAAAACAUUGAAAGAAAAUGUUUAGCAGAAGCUGCAAAAUUGUAUAUUGGUGUCUGGUGUAAUACUGACAUUUCUUUUUUUUUGUAAGGAUACAGGUGGGGAACCCGUAGUGGUACAGUCUUGGCCCUACCCCGGUUUUCCUGUACUGCGGGUUGUUCCAGAAAAGAUCCAUACUCCCCCCACGGAGGAAAGUUCUGCCGUCCGGAGGGGAGGGGGGGGGGGAAGAGAAAAAUUUGUUUCUGAUAAUAGUAAAUGUAUUAGGACAUCCAAAGGGGGUAGGGGGGGUUAACUUCCUAUUUCCUUUGUGGGGAUGGUAUGGAUGUUUUCUGGAAUGACCCAUUAUACCAUAAGUAUUGUAUCCCAUGGACACCAUCUUAUCAGUUCUGCAGUUUUUUGACAAUCUACCGUAAACCUCCACCUAAAAGCACUGGGCUUAUAUUCUUUCAUAAGCAAUUUUUGAUGGGCUUACACAAGGGGGGGGGGCUUAUACACUGGGAGGGGGGCUUAUAUUCAGAGGUUUAUGGUAUGUAUGGUUUUCAUGAUUUUCAGUGUAUAGUCUUCCCUUGCUCAUCACAAAUUAAUAAAAAGAUCACACACUACAUAAUUGAUGUUGAUAAAAUUUAUUUAUUUUAAAAUCGAAAAAAUAUUAACAUAAUAUUGCUGUACUUAAAGAUAAUUAAAAUGUUUUUAAAAAUAAAAUUUUAUGCACACAAUUUUAAAAUAUUGCACACAUUCAUUUCACCAGUACACAUGAAUGCUAUAUGAUAAAGUAUAUGAAAGGUGAUGCUUUCGCUCUAGCUUAAUGAUGUAUUAAAACAAUCUAGAGGUAUUACAUAAUUGGUAAACCUCUUCAAUCGUAAUGAUUUGCAUGAUUUUCUGCAACAGAUAUGAAUUCAAUGAAUGCUUUAUCUUCCUCAAAUGUCCAUUUAUGAAGUUUAACUGGGAAUUUCUUUGGAGGAGUCGUGAUAAGAGUCUUUCUGAUAAGAAACUACAAAACAAACAGCAAAAGUGAGAGGGGCAAUGUUAGUGCCAGCACAAUUAGACAACGACAAAGAAACUCAUGGAUUUUUACCAGGAUUGUGCGCAUGCUUCUCCAGGAAAUUUGUGUACUAUAGGUUUCCUGGAAUGCGCAGCAUUGAAAAAUAAUGUUGGCGUACGGGUGGAUAGAAAUUGCCCAACAUUGUCAUGAGUUUGUGAACAAGAGGUAUAAAAUAGAAGGAAUACAUCUCCUAUACAGACUAGCAGAAAUACUGUUUAAAGUCAAUCUUAAAACAAUUGCCCAAUUUUUAAAGCAGAAUUCUGCCCAACUAAACACUGACUGGAGGGGUUGCAACCCCCCCCCCCAGCCUCAUAUGCCUAUGGACAGAAAUUCUCCCAGGCAAAAAAGCAUUAAAAUACAAUGUUACUGUCACUAUGAUAAUAACUCAAGCCCCCAUUAUUAACAUAUUGUUUCAUUAAAAAUAUACAAUGUUUUUGUGUAAUCAUACUGUAUUUUUAAUGUUUGUAAAAAGAUUUGUACUUUUAAAUACACCUUGGCUUUGGACUCUGAAACAAAGUUCGGCUUGAUGUUGAAUUUUUCAAACGAGAAAUUCUGUGUCUUUCAUUAUUAGGUUUCCCUGGGGGAAAUAUGUACGAACAUAUAUGCGUAUGUUUCAAAAUUAUCAUGGAAAAUAGUGUUUAUAGUAUAAUAAUUUUCUUCGCGCCAUGAUGAUUAUCAGGCGGUCUAUUCCCGCCAUCGGCGAUAGAAUAUAGCAAAAGUACCCCAUUUUCAAACCGCGAUUACUCGUCGGUUUAGUGGAGCAAAUUCAUGUUUUAAAGUAACAGUAGAAAGAAUAAAUCUUCCCGAAUUCGAUGACGUGUUUUGUUUUUAUUUUCCUAAAAAAAAAGUGAAUUUGCUUCUGCAUUAUAUCAAGGUCAUUUUAUUGGCGUGUCCACUGACCCGGAACAAGCAUAACUACAAUACGUAAUUAGCAUAACUAAAAAGCAAUUCCUGUACCAAAUAAGUCAAAAAUAGUUUAAUUAGGUUCUUAAAUAAUACAAAUAUAAAAACAUACCUUCGAAAAAACGAGAUAUACGAAGCCAAAAUCGUAAAGUAUUUCAACAAUUUUUCGCCAAACGUUCGUUGAAAAUCGUAAUUGUGAAUAAUAAUGAGACGCAAUGCAUUGUGGGAAGACCCUCAUUCCUCCUCUGCAACGUUAGGUAAACCUAAACGAUUUCGGCAGAUAGUAGAUUUUAUGUUGAAUAACGGUCGGAAUUUAAAGCAAGCAAUAAUGUAUAAAUGUUCCUUUUCUACUUCCGAGUGUGGAAAAUUCCGAGACACAGUAGACUGUUCUGCGAAGUUGCUGGAGUGUAAGGAUGAUAUUAGUUUUCACUUGCAGAGUUGUCACCUUUCAAAGCUUGUCGGAAAGAUAGAAGAAUACGAGUUAAUUCUAGCGAGGGCAGGAAUGUUUUAUACACCUACGAAGGAGCAACACGAAAUGUGGAUCUGUCCGAAACACAGGUACAAUCUGGGUCGAAAUUGGCGGCCAUUAAAAUCUUGUCAGUAUCCUUUGCAUUCGAGGCCCAUAAAAGCGUGCAAAUACAAAAAUACAAGGAUGUUGUUAAUCUAGAAAUGUCGAAAAAAAUCCAGCUUCAAUUUGGUGCAACAGUUUCAAUUGGAUCAGGUGAGCAAAUCAUUAAAACACUUCGAAUUUGAUUACAAUAAAAUAUUUAAUUUUUGGUUUUAAUUGGUCGAGAAGCGUGUUACUGUGUUAACUGCGCCAUGUAGAAACACGGAAAAUUUAAUUUUCAAACAAUGUUGUUUUGUUGCAGUGAAAUUGACUAGCAAAGUUGAGCAUGUUAACCUAAUGAGAAUUUUUAAAUUAAUCGAAGUUAAAAAAUGCUUCGGAUGAGCUAUGACUAUGUUGCAAAUCAGCCUAGGAAAAGCAAGGCUGGUUUGGUUGUAAAUAGUAAAUACUACGUAAAAAUCUCAUUUAGGUAGUAUGACCGGAUUUGCAUAUUAUUUUGCUUCCCAUUUUCUUUUUUUACUUUAAAACUUUUUAAAUCUUUCGUAGUUUACAACUAUUCUACAUAAUUAUGGUAUUAAAAAUUUACAACUAUUCUAUAUAUGGUACAUAUGGCGCUCUGUUUUGUUGUCAAGAAACUAAUCGGCGUAGCCGGUGUAAAUAAUAAAUAAGGCGAAACAAUUCUUUUCUACAGCGAUAUGCACUCCGUGUUUGAAGAAACUGAAAACGGAAAUGGCCACCAGCACCGGUCAGACCAGUCAAGGCGAAGUAGCAGGGGAAAAAAACGACGAAUCAAGGUGUGAAGGAAUAAUAAGAUUCUCUGCUGUUACAUUUCAGUUUUUCUUGAUGAUAUUUAGUUCAUGUGUAGUAGAAGGUGUUUUAUCACUACACUGCCGUACCGACCGUCACUAAGCCUGCCACUCCUUAUAGGCCAUAACAUUUUUUUGGAUUACGGAUUUCCCGUCAUUUUCGACUAUAUUUUUCUAAUAAAAAAUGCUGCUUUCAAUUCGUGGGCAGUUCUUUUCUCAAUCAACAAUAUUUCAGGAAAUAUCAGUAAGUCUUUCCACGCGAAAGGCCCAGAAAUAUAAAAUGAACAGCAGUGACAUUGGGUAAGAAGAAAGUUAGGCUAUACCCUUAACACGGAAUUUUCAUGCAUAGCUAUGUCACGUGACCGUGCGCAUGAAUCGUGUGAACCCGACAUUUUCCCCAAUUUCUUUCAUCUACCAACCUCUCAUUUUUGUUAAGUAAAAUCCGUAGUCCAACAAGUAAAAAGAGUGGCCUUCAUAUUGUAUGCUACAUAUAUGUACAUAUAUAAAUCUCAAUGUUGCCACAACAGCCCCAUGCAGUGAAAGAAUCUUCAGGUGACAUUUAUACAAUAUUUUAGACUUACCAAGCGAUUGGCUGCAGUACGUUUGGAGAGUUCUACUCCUUGCACUCCAGCUGCAUUUCAGUGCCUCGAAUCAAUCAAGGAACAAGAAUGGACACCCAGCCAUUGGUUUGCUCAAGGCAGCUUUCAAGAAGACGAUCAAACAGAAGAUCCAGAAACAACGUCGUUCGUACCAAUAUACAAUGAAGCGAUGGCUGCACUUUCAAAGGACGUCAAGGUGGAACAAGCCACUUCGUUAGACUUCCAGUUAAAAGCAACAUGGAACGAAGCUACUGAGAGUGAAAAAAAAGUGUGCGUGGAAAAAGCCAUUGAAGGAUGUAAGGUUGUAUGUAGUGUUAUUGCACCUAAUGCAAAAGAUGAACUCUUACAAGCAUGUACCCACAGUAUCAAUAGUGAAAGUCCUUCCAGUGAACUUCAAGCUCUUAUGCAAGCUUACAAAAACGCACCAACGAAAACUCUGAAAACGCAAAUUCUAAGCCUUUAUGUCUGUAAAUAUCCUAUGAAAAGGCUCCAGGAACUGCACGAACCUUAUGAAAACAUCACCGAAUGGCAAAUAAGAAAAGCAAGACGACAUGCCAAGGAACAUGGAGCUGGUUUCACGGUUAGCAAAGUAUCGUCGCACCGUAUACGCCUUCCAGAAGCAUUAUUGAGCCAUUUCAUUGACUUUGUAAAUAGACCCUAUUUCCAUCAAGAUGUGGCAUUUGGCACGCGGAAACUAAAACUUGGUGAUGGUGACGAAAUUACCAUGCCUAACGUCAUUCGAACCGUUACACGCUCGACCAUGGUAAGUCAGUACCUACAUUUUUGUGGUGAACAGGGAGUGAAACCCUUGAGUCGUGCUACACUUUUCCGCAUUCUAAGUGUUCGAGAAGCAUCACAACAAAAGUCAUUGUCUGGCGUAGACGACACAGCUGCUGAUGGAUCAUCUGGGUUUGCGAAGUUGCUAGAAAUUGUUGACGAACUUCAUCGACUCGGGAAAGAUAAAUCUUGGUCUACAAACAUGAAGAAGUCUCUUCAAGAUGGGAAACGAUAUUUGAAAACUCAGUAUCGUUACCACUGCCAGGAAGAUGAAAACAAGUGUAGCGACCAUUGCCGGAAGUUUUCUUUAAGUGAUCCUACAGACCCACAGCUGCAGGAUCGAACAAUGUAGUCAUGUGCACACAGUCGAUUGUCACCUGUGUAAUGAUAUGAAGGUUUCUCUUUGUGAAAUAAAGGACUCUCUAAAUAGCGACAGUACUAACUACUAUAGCAAGGAGCAGAAAGAAGAUUUACUCUAUGAUUUUGAGAAAGCUGUCAGCUCAAUUAAGGAGUGGAAGGCACACAUUAUGCGUACAGCUAAUCAAGAACGUGCCAAGCAAGAUAUCAUGGACGCACUGGACAGUAGCUCAGUCCUAAUCUUGAUGGAUUGGGCUAUGAAAUUUCUUCAACUGAGAUACCGCGAAAAGCAGAGCGAGUGGUACGGUAAAAGAGGUCUUAGUUGGCAUAUUAGUAGUGUAGUUUUCCGCGACGAAGAAUCAGGCAAACUCAGAGUUACCUCUUAUGCUCACCUCUUUAACAAAUGCACCCAGGAUUGGUAUGCUGUAGCUUCGAUAAUUGAAAAUCUCUUUCAGUACUUGAAAAACCAAAAUCCCUUGCUGUGCAAAGCUUACUUACGAUCUGACGAGGCUGGAUGUUACCACAACAACAAUUUGAUCGGUGCUAUGAAGGACAUUGGGAAAAGAGUUGGCAUUACUAUUGAGAGAUAUGACUAUUCCGAGCCUCACAGUGGAAAGGACAUUUGCGACAGAAUUAUUUGCCCAUUGAAGACCUCGAUACGAACGUAUUGUUGUGAAGGUCACGAUAUCCUAACCGCUACUGAUAUGAGAGAUGCUUUGCAGCGCCGUCCAGUCAAAGGAACGACUGCUUCAGUCAAUGUCGUUGACGAAUCAAAGCAAGCCCUAUUGAUGAAGAAACUGUCACAAUUUAGCAGCUAUCAUAAUUUCAAAUUUGAUGAUUCUGGUGUUAAAGCAUGGAAAGCAUACACUAUCGGACAAGGUAAAUCGUUUCCUUAUAGUAGUAUGUAUGUGACACAACAGGGACCGACUCAGCUUGAAACAAAAGAGGACUUCUUUGAAUCAGCAGUGAGAGAGCGCGACUUGAAGAACAAGAAAUCUGUAACAACAGAGAAGGAAAAUGCAUCUCCGUGUCUAUUUGAAUGCAACGUGCCAGGUUGUACUCAGAUCUUUGAUUCAUGCGAAAUGUUGGAGAAACACCUUGAUGUCGGCAAGCACAUUCAAGUGGCCAAACGUAGCGUUUACGACACAAUCAGAAAAGAUUGGGCUACUAAGUUUCAGUCUGUGGAUGUGUUGCAAGAUUCUUCUAGCGAAACAACGAUCCCACCUCUUGUCGACAACAAGAGUGACAAAGCAGAAACGCUUGAGAAGGGCUGGGCACUGAAAAAACACUCUGGAAAUACACGAUUCUCACCUGCUGUUAAAGAUUACCUUACAACACUGUUUGUGAUUGGUGAAAAAACUGGUCGUAAAGCCGAUCCUGCCGAGGUUGAAAGAGACAUGAGAAAUUCCAGAGAUUCAUCAAAUCAGCGUCGAUUUAAACGGAAUGAGUGGUUAACUAAAACCCAAAUCAAGAGCUUCUUCUCUCGACUUGUCGCAUCGCGCAGAAAACUUAGCAGAUAGAUAAUAGAGGAUUCGGAACGAAAUGACCUCAUUGACGCUGUCAAUGACGAAAUUGGUUUAAAACACCCCAUAACGUAUGACGCCUUUGACCUUUGUCAACUCCACCUAGAGGAUAAAUUGAACACAUUUAAUGUUACAAUGCUUAAAAACAUUUUUUCUCAUCUCGAGAUACCAUUUAAGUCGAAAGACAGAAAAAGUGACCUUAUUGGAAAGCUUGCGGAAACUAUUUCAAAAUGCGAAUGCUCUCAAGUAUAAACAUUUUUCAAGGUAAAUCCUUUACUACUUUCAGAAAAUUUGGAACUAAAGGAACAUCAUUAAAUAUAAUAUUAUCUACAAUGACAAUUAUGACAAUGACAAUGACAAUGACAAUGAGAAAUAGUUAUUCUUGAAGCUUGGCCUUGAGCAAAAUGAUCCAGGGUUGGCCUGGAAAAGUAGAUAUUUUUUAUACAAAACAGUGACUGAUUUGAAUUCUAGUUUCAUUAAUAAUUGUUUCUAAACCCAGAGACAUUUCAGUUGCCUAGAAACUAUAUCCUGAACGAAACUAACGAAAUAUUGACAUUUCUAUCACAGCGAGUACAUUUCUUUCGGCUAGGGGUUUUCCCCGAGACGAAACUUUAUGUAACAGUUUAACGUAAACAAACCGAUGAAAAUUCUGUCUGCACUAUGACUAAUUCUGAGUUUUCUAAUUUCUUUGAACAUUGUUAAUAAACCCCUGAGACACAUAGACAUUUUAUUAACAGGAGGUGAACAGAGCGACGUUCGUAUGUCACAAUCAGGACUCUGAUAGCAUUGAGGCCCGCAAAGACACUGGACACACUGGCAUUGAAUGACUCUAUCCGUGAAGCAAAACUGUACUCAAACAAUUUGAUUCAAGUGCCAAACCAAAGAAUAAUGAUGAAAGACAUAUAUUUACAUAAUCAAGCUUCAGUCAGUGUAGUGUAAGGUGAUUUUAUCUGUUAAUAUCAAUAAUUAGGUUUACCGAUAAAGUAUGCUAGAUUUCGACACAUUUUCAAAUUUUACAAACUUUGGGCGCUUGUCAUUUUUGUCAAAUGGUAAAGCAGAAAGAUAUUAUUGCCGAUUUGUGUUGACUAAUGUUAGUAGUUUAUAAUAAAGUUAAAGUCAUGUGCCAAUCAAGUGCCACGAUUUUGAAAUAAGCUUUCAAAGUUGAUAUAUUUUGAGACGAUAUCCGUUAUCCGUUCAACAGGGUCAAUAACUGCGCUGUUUUCUAUUUUAUACCAAAGAAUAAUUAUCUAAGUCAUAUCACUAACGAAAAUAGAAGGAUAAGUCUAUAUUUCUGAGCAAAAAUUUUGAAAUUUAGGUAUGAAUUUGAUUUAAAAAAUAGCGCUGAAAAUAUGUCAAUAUUUUGCCUUCAUUCGGAGUUCAAGUUGGUUACCAGCCGAUCGAACAUCAAUCGCCCCCCAAAAUAUUUUAAAGGAAUUUUGAGUAAAAUGAGAUCGAUUUUAGUUGUUGCCAAGGAUAGAUCUUCAAAAUACUAGAGUAUGAGAGAAAUCUAUUUUUGAGUCCCAUAUUAACCUGGAGGUUUUUACGGAGACAGCCUCUUAAAGUUGGAAAAGUAGGAGAACUACAGCGUACCACUUGACCAGGUGACUAAAAACAUAUGCAAUGAUCAUAAUAUUUUAUAACAUAAAAAUAAAAGGACAUUGUGACACUGAUUAUCUCUAAUAAAAGCUAUCUAGUUCUUUAUUAAAAGUUCUAUUUAAAAGUGUUUUUUCGAGUCGUAUAUAAUAAGUCGGAGGCCGUAUUUUACAAAUAUUUUAUGUUUUUUUUUAUUGUCGAGGGUAGAAAUUCGAGGGUGAAAAGCUUGAGGGUACAUUUUAAUAAUUUAACAAAAUAAUAAUUUAAGUUCGUGUUCACUUACUUUACUUUUAAUUUUUAGCUCUUAUUUUUAUAUGCAAUUAUUAUUUUUUUAUAUGCGAUUACUUUUUAUAUGACAAAAUAUUACUACAUAAAAAUAGACAUGCCGAUCAAAAGCUACAGUCGACAUAGUUUCAAACGGGUGGUGCAUUAUCUGCGUUAUUGCGGUGUCCAAAGUUUGGCACCGCAUUAUAUUCUGCCUGUGAGUUUGUUAGUCCGUUAGUUUGUCCGUUUGUUAGUUUGUUCGCAUCAAUACGUUUCCUUAAUCGCCUACAAAAAAUUCCUUGCACGUGCUCGGAAUUUAUGAAUUUAUUAAUUAACAAUUAUUCGCCGAAGGCGAGGUGAUUAUCGGUGAAUAAAAACCGAGACGAAGUCGAGGUUUUUAUUCACGAUAAUCACCGAGCCUGAGGUGAAUAAUUGCUUUAGUAUAAUUUCAUAGGUGAUUAUAUGGAAAAAAAUAAGAAAGUACACAUUUCUUUGUCAUUUAAUUGACAAAAAGGCUUCGGCCGCCAUUUUGAAAAUCGCUUAGGUGAUUAUCGCGUAAUAAUCACCUCAACGGCAACCAAUCAGCGUGGAGAAUUUUCAAUAAUAACCUAUGUAAUUAUACUAAUUAUUAUUAAUCGUGUACUCUCAUGAUGAUCGACUGUUUGCUCAGCUUUAUCUCUGGUUUUAUGCGUCAAACAAGGACAAAAAUACCACUGUUCGAAUCAGCGUGAACAGUUGUGUUUACGGAUGGAAAAUUGAUUUCAAAAUUGACUUCUAUUCUAGCGAUUUGUCGCCUUUGAAAGACAAAAGCCGCUCAAAAUAAUCCUUCACGUUUUCCGAAUUCCUUUUUUCGAGGAAAGUUUUCUUUCGAAUUAAUCUCAAACUUUCACGAUUGACUUUUUGCUGCGACUUAUCUCUGGUUUUAUGCGCGCAAUAAGGACAAAAAUACCACCAUUCGAUUCAGUGUAAGAAAUUAUACUCACAGAAGUCAAAUGUAUUACUAAACUACAGUAUUCUAGCGAUUUAUGGCCUUUGAAAGACAAGCGAAAUUGUAUUGUUCACAAAUCGCUCAAAAUUAUUAAACUAAUUAAAAAUGCAGUCCGUUUGAUCCUUGAUAACUUCGGAAUUGUCGGUUUUCUCGUUUUCGGCCGUAUGCCAGUGGAUUCGUCUCACUUUUCUCCACAUUUUGAUAGUAUUUCGAGCCCAAAAUAUUUUAUUUUGAAGGCUUUAAAACGCAGUUUUGAUCCUAACGUACGGACCAACUGGCGGCCGACAGGAGAAUGUAUAGCGUGCUAAAUAUAACUUUACUUGUGCAUGUAGGCGGAAACGCCGAAAGUUUUAUUUGUAGGCGGGCACCGCAUUUUAGUACUGUGUCUGGUCUCGGAUUGCAUGUCGCAAAUUAUUGUAUCAGUAGUCUAUUCACUAUAUGGUCUAUUGAAUCAGAGUAAUCAGGACUUGUUUACACCUUUCCAUUGCCAUACGCCUUUUCCGGGUUCGCGACGCCAUCUUCAUGAUCAAAGUAUUGUUUUCGCUAUCGUGCUUGCCCCACUUGCAAAUUUAUCUAUAGGGAAUGCCCGCAAAUUUCUACCCUCGACAAUAAAAACCAUAAAAUAUUUUAGAAAUACGACCCCGGACUUUUUAUAUACCCUCGACUUUUUAUAUAUGAUUUUUCGACCCUCGCUUCCCACCAUCGACCCUCGAGAAGAACUCCUGAAACUGAAUUACUAAAAAUAGCUAACGUAUUAAACAAACCACAUUUAUCAAACACGCAAAGAAAAUUAUUUAAAAAGUAAUAUAUUGUUAGUCGUGUCAUAUAGUUAAUUGUCAACACUUUUUCAAUGCAUGGUAGUAAGUUCAUAACUGGCACCAUAACUCAUAAUUAAGUUAUGAUGAUAUUUUGUUUAUACAGAUUGAUUGUUUUAAUUUGUAAGGCUUCUGUAAGUUUGUUAUUUAUUAUUUGUUAUACUUUAAGACCAAGACAAUGCAGCUGUCAAGACCGAUUUUUAAUACUCUAUAAAUAAAACAUUAAACUGAGUAAUAGACGUACUAGUGUUGGGUAAAGCUAUCUAGUUACAUAUAUUUUAUAUGCGCUUUUGUCUAAUUCAAGCGUGGUAGACAAUAUUGCCAAUAUUGUUGUGGUUUGCGAUAUAAAUUGCCUCGCGAAUCGAAGACUUCCAGAUAGUCAUAUGUCGAAUAGAUUUGUGCGUUGUUUGUACUUCGAUUUUGGCCAUGAGGCACAAAGGGAGACUUAAAGAACACGAGUGACGGGUGUUAACACAAUUUAACUACAUACAGUGUUGACAAAAUUAAAAAAUACCGGGCUAACGUCAGUAACGAACCAAGCCAGUUGUUGAUCAGAAUUAGCUUUGCAAUAACGGCAACCGCUACUAAACACGCGAGAAAGUCUCGAAUUUCGAUUUGUAUUUAUAUGAACUGUGGUCACUGUAUAAAAACGAGUGUAUGAGAACCCCUGCAUUUGAUAAUAAUUACUGUAAAUAGAACUAAAUACAUUGUAAACACAACGCUCGCUCCGAUCUACUACGAAUGGCGGCUAUUUUUAGAUAUUUCGUAUUUUUGUAGUGCGUUGCGUGCGUUGCGUACGGUGCACCUGUGGAAGUGCACACUUGUGUCGCCUAAGAAAAAAGAUCUGACAUUUUAAUACUCCGGUACUUACAGUACCCGGAGUAAAAAGCAAGCAACGCAGUCAGUAAUUGCCAAAUUUGCAAGUGCUCAUUUUCAACUAAAAUCGGAACAGGCAAAUUAGGACGAAUUUCAACAGAAAACUAGUCUCAAACUCCAAAAUAUCGUGAGGGAAGUCGUGGGACUACUGUACAUAAAUAGCAUUUAUAAUGUGUGCUUCGCUGUCGCCAUUGUUAUAAAUAAAUUGUCUCACUUAUCACUGAUCGUGUGUGCAAUUCUUGUUGGCGGCGGAAAGUACGAAAUUUAUUUCAGUUAUUUCAUUUGGUAAAAAACUCUACAAAAGAAGAGAGCGUUCUGAGUCCAGAUCGUUUCAAACGGCAAUUUAAUACCGUCUUCUGUUUCGCUCUCUCAGCGAAGCCUUGAAAAUCGCAAAGUGUUUCGAAUAGGCUUACAUGCAACUGCCUCUAAAUCUUCACCGCGUUUUCUUCAGUGCAAGAACAACCAAAUGAUAAUUUUCUUGAGGAACAUAUAACGUAUCAAGUCUGUUUGAAAUUAAUGAAGCUCAAGUAAAGGUUACUAUAGUUUACCCCAGUCGUAAAUCGUAAUGUUGCUAUUCCAACACCUCACGACAAGCAAUCCCCAUUGGCAUAACGCCAAAAACAUCUCUUCCUUCAAGUAAACAAUAAACAGUCUGUUCUUGUUCCAUUUAUAAUCGAAAAAAGCGAUCAAUUUUCGAAUUUUAAGCUUAUCGAGAGCCUUUGUGAUGAAUCACUGAUCUAAUUAUAGAAUCCAACAGCAAACAGCCAAUCAGAAUGCCGCGUUCGUGGGCGAACGCGGAAAGUACAAAAUACAGGGCCUUGCUUGCAGGCCCACCCACUAUCAGUUCCCUUGGGCCUGCACGCGGGCUAAUAAAUCAAAGACAUCAACAUCAAAACAUCAAAACAAUUGAGGCAAAACAAUUAUACAAACUUUGUUUCACGGUUGAAUAGCCACUAAUUCAUAAAUUGCAGGCUUAUUUCCAGUUAAAAUCGAGGGGAAAAACCGUGUUGUACUUUUGCAAACUUUUUAACGAAAUUUAAAACACAAAAUUGCUGUAAAACAGCAAAAUACGUCCUAUCAAAAUGAAAAACAAUUACUUCGACAGAAUUUGUACUCACGCAUGCGCAUAACGUGGAAAACCGUCAUUACAUAAACAAAAUGGAGGACUACUUUACACUCCGCUAUAUUUUCACAUCGCGCCGCCGGCUCGGGGAUUAAGGUAUUUGAUGAAAGUCACUAGUGUUUUCAUCAAAUAUCUUAAUUACGCAUGCAAAAUUACUUGAAUAGAAUUCCUAAUUACGUUAUGCUUGGUUAAGAAUUCUAUUCAAAUCAGCAAACGAAAACAUUCUGUUACGUCUCGAUUCAUUUGAGAAGCCAUAUAAACAACUCGAGCUCGUGUCUCACCGGGAUAUCCAAACACUCGAAAACAAUGUAUGAAAACACUCGCGCUCUUCGCGCUCUUAUUUUCAUACAUUGUUUUCUCGUGUUUGGAUAUCCCGGUGAAACACUCGCUCUCGUUGUUCACGUUACGUCACGAGUGAACGCAGCAAACGAGGCACAUUUAUGAUAUCGUCCCUCAAGCGAUAAAACUGAUUUCACCUCACCCCUCAUACAUAUACGAAUGUGGUUUGUUUCACGACAUGAUAAAGAGUGCUCGAUAUUAUAUAGAUAGAGCAGAAAUAGUCGUUUUACCUCAAAAGGUUGCCACAACAGCCUGUUUCAUCCAAGAAGAAUCAUCAGGUGGCUGACAAAUUUCGAAAAAUGGGUUGCUUAAAUGUUACGAUCGGAAACGUGAGCGAGUGGGCGUCAAACAAUACAUGCAUUUCUUCAAUUGCUAUCACUGUUUACUAGUAAUAAUUGAAUGGAAUCAUGCCUAUGGAAUCAUUGAAUCUUAAGAUUGUUUUUUUUCAACUAAACGACAUAGUUUAUAUUACACAAAACCAGGUUUCCAGCAUUUUGAGAGCAGUGACUAUGAUGAAUCGGUUAGCGAAAUGUCUCAAAUAAGUGAGAUAUAUAUUCGAAGCGUACCUCUGAAAACGCGCGUACGUUUUAACGAAAUAAAUGUGUUUUAAAACUAAAUUCGUGUGCCAAUUCUUGUUUUAAAACUAAAUUCUUAUGCCCGCAAUGCUACGCUGCCGCCCUAUUUAAGGCCUAUACGCUUGCCUAACAAAUAGUCUCUCUCUAUCCAUAAUAAACAUAUCGUCUUGAUAGUCAUGACUAUGAUCUUAAUAGACAUGACUAUAGUCUUAAUAGUCAUGAUUAUAGUUAACUUGUAAUUCAAUGUUAUCAUUUACAAAUAUAUUGUUACAAACGUUAUACUGCGUUUGUUUUACUAUUUAUCCAUCCAACCAAGCAGAGUGAUGGCCGGGCCAUAUUUUUCUCAAAAUAUGUAGACAUUUUCGCGUGCAGCAGGUUAACCUUUGCUAUGUUAAUUUUUCAUUGUUUAAAGCAAUGACCGUCGUAAAGUGUUUUCCAAAUCAGCGCUUUGACUGACCCAUGCAUUGUAUUUAUUUACUUUAAUCAAAAUAUAUAGCGGACGAAAGCUUUUCAGAUAUUAAUUCUUAAUUGAGUCGAUUUUCUUUCAUGUACCAAGGUGAUUAUUUUUAAUAAUAACCUUGAAUAUUAAUUAGCUAAAAAGAUGAAGGAAAACUCAGAAAAUCGUCGUUCAAAGCAGACGAAACAAACAAAACUUUGUUGGAAAACCUCCUCAAUUAAGAAUUAAAUAAGAUAAACACCGAGAAGGAGGGACUUAUGUCAGAUAAUGCCCUCGGACGCUGCGCGUCCUCGGGUCAUUAUCUGACAUAAGUCCCUCCUUCUCGGUGUUUAUCCUAUACCUAAUGCAUGCUGUAAUUAUCAAUAUUUUGCAGGACAAUGCAGUUAGCCAAUGGUCAAUUUGAAAAAAAUUGUCCAUUCUCUGAAGCUCCACUGGCGUUAUCGGUUCUAACAACAGGCAUUUUCCUUAUCCUGACUUUCGUAAGUAUUCUUGGAAAUAUCCUCAUAAUUCUAGCUGUUGCGUUGGAUCCGAAUAAGAAUCUUCGAACGCCGUUUAAUUGGUUAAUAGUAAAUUUGGCAGCAGCUGAUCUAAUUGCUGGAACCAUCACAGACCCUCUCUCAGCGAGUAUUCAUUUCAAACUUUGCCUUGGCAAGAAAAUUACUGAUGCGGAAGUGAAUGUGCUUAAUGUGAGUUACUUCAUUUCAUGUACGGCUUCAUCUCUAAGCGUUGCAAGUUUGGCUGUUGAGCGAUACCUGGCAGUGCGAAAACCUACCACAUACCGUAACAAAAUAACUAAUAAACGAAUUGUAUUCACAGUCGCU